GACGCGGUCCGAUUUUUUCACAGGUCCGAGGAUUUUUUACAACACCGGCCUCUGUUGUUAUGGGAUUACCUUCACACACCUUCCUUCCGCUUCCCGGAAAUAAGUCAUAAGAGCGACGGGAGCAAUGGCUGCGAGUAGGAAGAAUGUAUUGUCGUCUCUGGCCGUGUAUGUGGGAGACUCGGAGCCUGACCAGGAGAGUGACGGGGAGACGGAGGAUGACAAGGGAAGUCUGGUGCCCCUCUCAUAUGGACAGGAUGAUGUAUCCAGAGUGGAAGAAGAUGGAUCCAACAAGGAAGAUGACGAUGCUAGCCCACAUUCUGGAGAGGACGAUUCAGAGAAUGAGACUCAGGAGACGGGUGACAUAAAGGAACACUCAGAGUUGGAGAAGAGGGACCCCCAAGAAUUAGUAGCCUCCUUCUCAGAAAGGGUCCGGAACAUGUCUCCAGAUGACAUCAAAAUCCCUCCAGAACCCCCGGGCCGAUGUUCAAAUCACCUGCAGGAAAAAAUUCACAAACUGUAUGAAAGAAAGCUGAAAGAAGGGACAGAUAUGAAUCAGAUGAUACAGAAGAAGAAAGAGUUCCGAAACCCCAGUAUUUAUGAAAAGCUCAUUCAAUUCUGUUCUAUUGAUGAACUUGGAACCAAUUAUCCUAAGGAUAUGUUUGAUCCACAUGGAUGGUCAGAAGAUUCUUAUUAUGAAGCUCUUGCAAAAUCCCAGAAGAUUGAAAUGGAUAAGCUUGAGAAAGCAAAAAAAGAACGAACAAAGAUUGAGUUUGUAACUGGUACAAAGAAGGGUACAACUACCAGCGCACCAACUGGGACAACCAGCACCACAACUACUGCCUCAGCAGAUGCACAGAAAAGGAAAAGCAAAUGGGACUCCGCUAUACCGAUGACUACUAUUGCGCAGCCAACCAUCCUCACCACAACUGCCACACUUCCUUCUGUCGUUACGGUAACCACCAGUGCAAGCGGAUCAAGAACAACAGUGAUUUCUGCUGUGGGGACUAUUGUGAAGAAGGCCAAGCAGUGAUUUAUAGGAACACUUACAAAUGAGACUGUAAUGAAAAAGGGGGUCUUUUACUGACUCAGAUCUCCUCAGUUUGACACACAAUGGAGAUUUUACUGCACGGGAAUCCCCACACCAGCAGCAGCUGGGAAGGGAAUGCCAUGUUCCCAGUGUUUUAACUCUGGAGAAGACUGUCUAGAAUUGCAAACGGCUUUGUGUCAACUUUGUUUUCAAAAUAAAAUUUUCUAUUUAAAACUUG